AUGCACAGCCUCGUGCAAUUGGCGACAAGAAGAUGGUUGGAUACCGACGAAAAAUUGGAAACAUUCAAGGCCCAAUACAUCAGUCGGAUAGCGGGCGAUUUCCCUACUGGUGAUUACAACAACUGGCCGACAUGUCAAACUCUAUUUGCUCAUGUCGAAAAAGCAAUAAGCCAGCGCCCCCAAAAUGACCAGCCACUACAGAAAUGGGCAACGGUACUAUAUAAUGGCAGCUGGUAUGCAAAAGAACAAGGAAGAUAUAGCUUGGCGGCAACAAUGGCAAAGAAAUCACGGGAAGCUAGGCAAACAACGCUGGGCAAUUCGCACGAGCUGACCUUGGAUAGCAUAUUGAUGGUUGGUCUAAUUUUGCUCAACCAAGGGAAAUACAAAAAUGCCGAAAAGUUGUUUGUGGAAGUUAUGGAAACGAGCAAAAAGAAGCUGGGGCUUGAUCAUCCCGACACGCUAACCAGCAUGGCCAACCUGGCGUCAACAUAUCGGAAUCAGGGCCGAUGGAAAGAAGCCGAACAGCUAGUUCCUGUUGGAAAUGGAUGA